AUGAAGAAGAAACCAGCGUCAACGAAGAAGAAGAAGAAAGUCAAGAAGGCCAUUACUGGUCCAUUAGUCAAGCCCAUUUAUUGGGUUGUUUUGUUUAAAGCAUAUUGGGUCAUUAAGUUGAUUAAGGCCCAAAUGUGGAGAUGUGGUAGUAGUUGGAGUUUGCUUGUAUCUUGUUAG